UUGGUCUGAACAAAGCAAAACAUAGUAUCUGGUUUGCGUCCGGUGGCACCUUUAAGACCAGAACAAAACUUGAUACGUUUUUAAAGGGGCCACCGGACUCCAGAUCUAAACUUUGCUUUGCUCCUUCAAGUAUAUUCUAUAAAGGACUCGAGCCAGGGAGAGCCGAAGGAGACUCCCCUUUUCCCGUCCCUUUGCUGCCCCCUUGAUUGACGCGCCGCAGAUGCCCCCUGCCCCACUUGUGCUUAUUGCCGCGAAAAGCCUGGAGCCAGGGAGAGCGAGGGAGAGCAAGCAGAGGCCAAGCGCCGCCCCGCCUACCGCUGGCGGCUCCGGGCUCCCUCCCGAAGCCUCGCAGUCCUUCCAGCGCCUUCCAAGGGGCGGGUCCACCCCGCUAUAAAAGCGCUGCCGCGGGACAGACGCGGCAUUGCUCCGGAUCUGCAGUCACUUUGUCGUGAGAAAAGGAGAAGCGCUUUUGCCUGAACUCUCGCCCAGCUGCCAUGGACAUCACCAUCCACCACCCUUGGAUGCGCCGGCCUUUCGGCUUCCCCUCGCUCUUCCCUCCCCGCCUCUUCGACCAGCGGUUCGGCGAGGGGCUGCUGGAAUCCGAGUUGUUCUCCGGCUUCAACACGGUCAGCCCCUACUACUCGCGGAUGCCUCAUUUCCCGGAUACCGGGCUCUCGGAGAUGAAGGUGGAGAAAGACAAGUUCUCGGUCCACUUGGAUGUGAAACACUUCUCGCCAGAGGAGCUGAAUGUGAAAGUUGUGGGGGACUAUGUGGAAGUGCAUGCUAAACAUGAAGAGCGCCCGGAUGAACACGGCUACAUCUCCCGGGAGUUCCACCGCCGCUACAUGAUCCCUAAGGGGGUUGACCCAGCUUCAGUCACCUCGGCACUGUCUCCAGAUGGGGUUCUCACCAUCACAGCUCCCAUUGCCCACGCUGCCCUUCCACAGGAGCGCACCAUCCCCAUCAGCCGCCAGGAUAAACCUGCGGUCACCGGAAAGUAGUCGGAAUACCUUUCUGGGCCUGAAAGCUUGCUCUUGGUUCCCCACAGAAGCCAGCAUUGUCGGCUGUCUCUCCCCUUGACAGUAGCCAAUCAGCCUGAGACUUUAAGGAAUCCACAUUUUUGCUUUCUGUGUCCCGGUGGAGGGUCUGACAGCAGUCUGCCCCCCCCAGGAUCUUUGAGGGCACAUUCCCAGUACUUGGGAAGAUGUCCUCCAAGAGUAGGGAAUUGGGUCUCGUCUUGGGUGGGUGUAUCCCUCUGCUACGGGCUUAACUUGUUCAUGCUGAACUAUUUGCUCUCCAUAAAUAAUGGAUACCAAGUUGCAUUUCUUUAAAGUCACUGCAAAAUGUAAUAUGGAUACUUGGUUAAUAAAAUUUGAGGUUCAUGCCC